AUGGCAACUCCAGCGAAGCGUCCCAGAGAAGACCAAGAGACCGUUUCCUGCUACAUCCACAGCGUCUCCCCCGUGAAGUUCUCUGCCAACAGCGUGGAGUUCUUCAACGCGGUGCUGCAGACCGGCCGAGAGGACUUCCACGAUGCGGUGGUCUUCAGUCCGGGCAAACGGCACGCAUUUCUCCAGGCUGCGCGGAAUGGAACCCCGCUCUGCCUGAAGAGCGUAAAGAAGGCGUUAAGUUUCAAGGGCACGUCAGACUUUGACGUGAUCGUCAAUAACAGAACUGACGUCUCAGUCACCACGGUGCCGUUCGCCGCACGGAGCCCCCCAUCACCGCACAAAACGACCCUAAAAGAAGUCAUGACGAUGCCGGCAGGCAGAAAGGUCAGCCUGGUGGAAGCUAUAGUCCUCUCUCUAAGUCCAUCCGUUCGAACGGUGAACAUCCGCGGGACCAAGCGGGAGGUCAGAAACUGCUGCAUCUCCGACGGGACCGCGCAGAUGACGCUGCAGCUGUGGGAGAGGUGCGUGGACACCGUCCAGGUGCUGUCAUCCUACGCCUUCACGGAGCUCUCAACUAGGACAUUUGAGGGCAAACUUCAACUUACCACCUCCAUCAACACCACCUGCAGCCCCAUCGGAGACUUGGAUGUCCCUGACAACGCCGGCGGCUCUGCAGAUCCGCGGCUGAGCUCCGUCACUGGCCCUGUCCACGCGUUAGAGAUCCGGGCUACCAUGAAGUGUUCUCUCUGCGGCAGCCGGCUGGACAGCUUCCUCCCCAGGAACAAGUUCCACCGCCGCUAG